AUGAAGAUUGUACCAGUGCCAGUGCGACAGGACAACUACGCCUACAUCUUAAUUGAUGAACCGUCCAACAAGGCCGCAGCCGUCGACCCCUACGACGUGCCCAAGGUUAAGGCUGCCGCUGACAAACUCGGUGUCGAGAUCGUGGCCGGGAUAACGACCCAUCACCAUUUCGAUCACAGUGGCGGUAACGAGGCGUUUGCGAAGGCAUACCCUGGUGUUCCCAUCUACGGGGGCAGUGAUAAGAUUCCUGCACUGACGGACCUCGUCAAGGAUAACUCCGAAUUCACUGUUGGAACCGACACACAUAUCAAAUGCCUCGCGACUCCUUGCCAUACCCAAGACUCCAUAUGCUACUACGCAACUACCCCGGAGCAUCCGGGCGCGGUGUUCACAGGGGACACCCUGUUCAUAGGCGGAUGUGGUCGAUUCUUCGAGGGUACAGGCGAAGAGAUGCACGCUGCAUUGUCGUAUCUGGGAACACUACCUAGCAAGACGCUCGUGUAUCCCGGCCACGAGUAUGCUGGGGGCAAUAUCGCGUUCGCUCGCAGCGUCGCAAGCGACGGGGAGGUCGCCAAAGGGAUUCAGAAACUCGAGGCUGUGGCGAAAGAACACUCAUCUAUCACUGGCGUCACAACAAUUGGAGAAGAGAAAGAAUGGAAUGUGUUUAUGCAAUUACAAGAUGCGACGGUCAGGCAAGGAGCCGGGGUACCCGAGGGUGCAUCUGACGUAACUGUAAUGGACAAACUGAGGGAACUGAAGAACAACUACCGGGGGUGA